CUUUCCAAUUGUUUUUAUAUAAGAACUACGCAGCUGAUAAUGCAAAUAUAUGGACCUCAUGCACGUCUCGAUCUUUUUUUACACCUUUGCUUCGGAAAACUCGUAAACUCAGGAUGGGAGUCCAUGGCUUGAAGAGCUACAUUGAGAGUAACAAAGACUUUUUAAAGGAUUUUUCUUUCAGAGACAGUAAACUCAUAAUCGACGGAUGUAAUUUGUACCACGAUCUAUACUCCUACUUUCAACUGGAUCAUAAACACGGUGGAGAAUACGAUACCUUUAAAGAUUCAAUCAAAACAUUUUUCACGAACCUAAAAGACUGUGAUAUUAAACCAUACGUUGUACUCGAUGGAGGAGCAGACCACACUGACAAAAAAUUAGAGACCCUCAAGGAACGAAAUCAGGAGCAAAUACGAAGUGCCCACAACCUGUCUGAGGGACGGAGGGGGAGAUGCCCACCUCUUCUUAAUAAAAAUGUGUUCAGACAGACGCUUCGGGAACUCAAGGUGCCAUUCGUGCAAUGCCUGGAAGAAGCUGAUUGGGAGAUCGCUGCUUUGGCGAAACAAUGGAAUUGUCCGGUUCUAUCCAACGAUAGCGACUUCUAUAUAUUCGACCUCCCAGCGGGAGUUUUCCCCACUGUAUGUUUCUGUUGGAAUAACACAAAAGUGAACAGUCAAAAAAAAAGAUACAUCCCAACGAGACAUUUUACAGUGGAAAGAUUUUGUGCAUCUUUCAACAAUAUGAACAAGGUUCUCCUCCCGGUUUUUGCAUGCCUUUUAGGAAAUGAUUACACAAACCUGCAAAAUAUUGACAGGUGGGAAAGGCAUUCAAAUGGUGCUGGAAAGUUUGAACGUUUUGAUGGAUUGCUUUCCUGGUUAUCCAAGUCCCAAAGCCAAAAUCAGGCAAUACAUAGAGUUCUUGAGCUUAUUAGAAACAGAAAGAAAAAAGAAAAAGUCUGUGAAGCAUUGUUAGAGGGCGUCAAAGAAUAUGAGAUCACAGGUGGUUGUCUUGCCCAAUUCUUUGACUCAAAAACGCCAACACCCUGUACAGGCCCACUGAGAGCUCUACCAACGUGGACUGUACGGCAACUAUUUGAGGGGAAUAUGGUCUCCAUGCUUGUCGAUGUGUUUGUAUUGAAAAGGGUAAUGCUCAAACCUCAGGUUGAAGAUUUCACGUGCACCAGUAGCAGCGAAACAUCUCGUCCCAUAAGACAGGUGAUAUACGGUUUAAUACUGUUGGGUAAGCAACAAACCGCAGAGAAGUGUUAUGUCGAAGAGUUUGACAGAAAAAGAUUCAGUCUUGAGAGUUCUGAAGUUGAAGCUAUAGGGACAAGCGUUAAAGAAGGACUUCAACUGGAAACAUUAUGGACGGAACCAAUUAAGUUGCGACUUCAGGUUUUCUUGGAGGCUUUUGGCGUGCCGUCAGUCACUUUCAGAGGUAUCCCGCUUGACUUGCAGCUGCAGGUGUUCGUGACACGCUUCUGGCUAGUGAAUGCACAGCCUCGGCCGAACCUGCUGCACCUUUGGGGUCUCCUACUUGGGAUGGUUCAUGGAAGGCUCUGUAACAAGCCCAACACCCAAACAGACACACAGUGGAGGUUUAAAUGUCAGGGAAGGAUCCAUUUUGACCGUGAGGCGGCUCAUCUUUACAGCCAAUGGCAGUCCUGUCUCAAUUGGGGUCUCUUUCUGAAUUGUUUAUUGUGUCUUCCACUUCCGGAACCCGAGUGUGCAGAGUUGUACCGUGGAACUCUGGUGCACAAGGUCUUUCAAGAACUUAAGAGAGGCAUCAGACCCGAAUCUAUGCUGGUGAGGGGCUCCAACGCCGAGCACCUAUUCAGACAAUUGAAAGAAGCCGUUCUAAGUUUGGUGGAUGAAGAUGAUAUGAAGAGAAUCAGUGACAGUGUCAUACACAGAUCUGUUGCCAAAACACAUAGAGAUCAAAGAUCCCAAAAUUGGUCCGCAGAUGAACUGAGCAGCUACUUUGAAGAUAUGAUGGAUGAACAUACUGAAGACUGCUAUAACAAAGAAGUCAAUGGAGAAGAAAGGAAGGCUAAAGGUUAUGAAGCAGACAAGACUGAAUGUUCCUACCCCAUCCGUACCAGACACAAAGCCAAAGAACGCAACUCUAAGUAUCCCUGUAAGAAAUUUGAGAGGGGAUGCUUUGAAUAGAUAUCUUGACUUUCCGAAAAGUAUUUACAUAAUUCUUGUGCUCAGGGUUGUAAGAACGAUUUAAGGUGGGGUUAUAGGGGCGAUCUAAACAAAUGCAUUUACAGUAAAUUCUUUUAAAGCAGCAACAAGCUGUUUUUUGACCUUAAAUUAAUCUCUCUAAAAUUAUUUUAGUGGUAGGACAACUCUUAACUGGACAAGUUUUACUGCCGCAGCUACCUAAGCAGCCCACUAUGGAAUGAAGCUUUUACGAUUCUAUUCAUCAUGAGUUAACUGGUCAAAAAAAAAGGUUACCUUGAAUUGUGAUUUUCAGUCAUGUGACCGGCUUUAUAUUUCAGAGCUUAGCUUCGAGACUGAUAGUGGAUUCAACCAUAAUUGGGAUUUUGUUUCUUCUUUAUGUGAGCUAACAAGAUAAAACUGGGCACAGGCUUGAAAGUCUUUGAGAUUCUGAUAAAAUGAACAAGAUUAUUUAGGGUUUAAAUCCCUAGUGUACAUAUGUGAUGUGUUAAUGUCUAAAUUCAUGCAAUUGUUCUAAUUAAGAUGAAACAUGAGAAUUUGUUUGACAAUGUUUUUUUCUUAUCAUCUAUCGGUUGAGUGUGAUUCAUUUAUAAAACUGAGAGCAUGAUGAAAUUGUUGAUAAAGUGAUAGUUCACCAAAAAUGAAAAUUCUGUCUUCAUUAUUCACCCUCUUCUCAUUUUAAACCUGGAUGACUAACCUCCCUUUGCAAAACACAAAAUGAGAUAGUUUGAAGACUGUUGGUAACCAAGCUACUUUUAAAUCCAGAUUAAAAACACACUUGUUUCUUUCUGUCAAUCAUUUUAUGUAAAGCACUUUGAAUUGGCCUUCUGUAUGAAAUGUGGUAUAUAAAUAAACUUGCCUUGCCUUGCCUUGCAAACAACUCUCA